AUCUGUUUCUUUGUUCUGGGAAGUGGAGGCUGAGAUGUGUGGGUGUGUUGUGUGGAGAGGUGGAGUCUUUAAAUCUCCCAGACAGGCGCACUAGACAGAUUAGUCUCCAGUCGCUAACCAGGACACAAAUCAGCUGUAAAGCGAAGACUGACCGCCGCACCUGUUCCUGAGCCAGCCUGCAGGUCUGGAAGGGAGAUUUUGGAUUCGGGUUCGAUGGAGGCAGCCGUGCUGGGUCCCGCUGUCAUGACGGAUGUGGACUGCAAUAGCAACAGCCUGAACGCCGAGUUGGAGGUGAAGAAGCUGCAGGAGCUGGUGCGGAAGCUGGAGCGGCAAAACGAGCAGCUGCGGAGCCGGGCCGGAGGCUGCUUGUCCGGGGGGUACCACCACCUGCCCACCCUUCUCUGCCAGGCGUCUUUAGGCUCGUUUUCUCCUCCUGAAGAACCGUUUGAGUAUUUCCAACCGCACGCGGGGGAGGAGGUUGAAGAGGAGGGGGAGGCAUCGGAACCGUCGGUUCUGGAUGAGUUGGAGCUUCUGGAUCUGGAAUCUUUGAGCUGCUCAGAGGAAUCAGAUGAAACCUGGUUAUAUGCAGCAUCGAAAGCAUUGGAGAGCUCAACCGAGUCGCUGAGCCCGCUGCAGUGGUGCCGGCAGAAUCUGGACAGCCCCAAGUCAGACGUGGAGGCCGCCAGGAGGUCAUUGUCACUGCGACUAGAGCAAGUCUCCAGGUGGUGUAGCUCCCUGUCCACCCCCACCACCUCCCCUGGGCCCCCUCUGACCCGAGCCACAGCAGUGUCUUCCCCCUCGGCCAGACGUUGCUCCACCCCACCGCCGGCAGAACCACACGCAGCUCCAUUCCUCUCCUCCCCUCUGCAUCCUGUCCUCCACCGCACUCUGAGCCCUAUAGGGAAGGAGCUGUCCCCUGUAGCCGAGAGGACUCCCACAUUCUUCCCUCACCCUGCCAGCCGAAGCCGCAGCCUCCGCCGCUUCACCCUCAGCCCACAAUCGUCUGUGGACAGUGACCUGGGCAUGUCGGAGGUUGAGGACGACUCCAUCAGCCUUGGAUACAAACUGCAAGACCUCACAGAUGUGCAGGUCAUGGCCCGGCUGCAGGAGGAAAGUCUAAGGCAGGACUACGCCAGCACAUCAUCUGUACUGGCCAACCGCCGCAGCCAGAGCUUCACCUUCCAGCUCAGCCAUCUCUGCGCCGGCCCCGGCCUGGAGGAGGAAGACGAGGAGGACGACGAAGACUACGGUCUCCUGCCGCCGCCGCAGCCACGCCUCACCCGCCUACCGCACUCCCACACCUUCUCCAGCGUCCGCGACUGGCGAAGAAGCACCAGCUCCCUGUGCACCCCUCCUUCCACCCCCUCCACGCCGCCAUACCCCUCCGCUGGCUUCGCCUUCCAAGCUCAGCCGCCAACGCAACUGCUGGGACUGGGCAGCCUCUGUGGCGGCGAUCAGCUGGGGUUCAGCCCAGGAUCAGUUGAAAAUGACAAUAAGCUGCGGAGGAGCAUGCCUAACCUUGUCAGAGCUCCCAGCAUGCCCAGUGUGCCCAUUCUUACCACUUCCAGUACUUCUGCUUCUUUUCUUCGUAACAGCCAGAGCUUUGAUUCUUCCAGCAGUUUGGCUCGCCUUCAGUCCUCCAUUCCCUCUCCAGGCCAGCUUCAGAACCGGGUCCAAAGCCUAGGGAACUUCGCCUCGCUGUCACGGCAGCCGCUGAAAGCCACCGCCUAUGUCAGCCCCACAAUCAAGGGCUCGACCUCCACCAGCCUCACGUCUCUGAACAGCAGUGGGAAUAACAGUGGGAUCCCCCUUCUCAGCAAACCUGCAGGCGGAGGGUCCGCCCCCACCGCCACCAUUCUCCGCAGCAGCCUGCCACGCCCAGCCUCCUUCAUGGGCCCCACAAGCUCCAGCCCACGUAGCAAGUUGGCUGUCUCAUCGCGAAGUUUAUUGACACCACCAAAGAGCUUGUCCACCUUCAGUGCCCUUCGCGACAGCACCUGGAGAGACGGCUGCUACUGAUAUUCAGACGUGCAUUAAAACCCUGCUGGCUGGGGCGACACGGAUGCACCUCAACAUCUAGUUCCCCUUCUAAAAGUUCUAUUGUUGAGACCAAAAAGUGGCAGAGAGGACAUCAAAUCUGAGAUCCUGCAUAGAACAGUCAGAUGCUGUCUUCACGUGAACAACCUCCCAGAUUCUAUGCAGAAUUUCUUCGGAUAAGACGGGUAAUUUUUCUGGAUCCUUGUGCGACAUCCGACGGUGAGUUUGGUGGUUCUGUGCCAAAAGCGAGCCGUUCCCUGUUGCUAUUUGUGCAAUAAACUGCUGGCUGUUGGUUAAUGUUAAUACUAACAAGCAAAGAGGGCUGCCAGUUUGUACUAAAUAAACCUCAAUUGUUUUUCUAAUAUUUAUUUUAAAUAAACGGAUUUGACUAAUCCUUGGCAGUUGCCGUGGCAACGGUUUCCAGUGAUGCUGCUAAGUGAAAUAAAUCCCUUGUUGUUUUGGGCACAUUUGGUCCAAUUUUUAGAGUAUUAUGUAUUUGUGUACACAUUUAACUAAUUGUGUAUAUAUUUGUUUAUUGAUUAAUGUAAUAUUAAACUGUAAUUUGAGCAAAAUGGAAAUAUCAGGAUGUGCUUGCAAAAGUGUCCCACCGUGGUGUAACCAACCUUUGUGCAUACUAACACUCCAAGAGAAACUGUUGUUGCACUUUGCAGAAAUUUCACCAAUGUUUUUGUCUACUAAUGUUUGCACUCAAGACUUAAAUUAAAAACACAGCGAUCAAAGAUUUGUUUUUUUUAUAAGAUCUAACAUUUGUACACUUUUUUUUUUUUUUCACGUAUCACUUUCAGUUUAUGUUUAACUCAUGUUUUUUAAUCAAUGUUAAAAGGGCACAUCUUUCACAAAGUUCACUUUUUGUUACUGUGAACUGCAAGCAUUUUGCUAAAACUUAAUAAACUUAAUAUAUUUGGCAAA